AAGGAUCUUUCAUACUGAACUCUGCUCUGAAAAACGAGAAAGCCUCUCCUCUGUGGAAUUGAAAUAGAUAUUUGACAGUUGCCUUGAAUAAAAAUUAAGCAAAAAUGUCUGUCAUAGAUCCUUACCAGCACAUUGUGGUGGAGCACCAGUACUCACACAUAUUCACUGUGACAGUAAGGAAAGCCACAAAUGUCACCAAGGGAGCCAUUGGUGACAUGCUUGACACUCCAGACCCCUACGUGGAGCUGUUCAUCCCGACCGCCCCCGACUGCAGGAAGAGAACGAAACAUUUCAACAACGACGUGAACCCCGUGUGGAACGAGACCUUUGAGUUCAUCCUGGACCCCAACCUGGAGAAUGUCCUUGAGGUUACUCUCAUGGAUGCCAACUACGUUAUGGAUGAGACUCUCGGCACAUCCACAUUUCCCAUCUCUUCUCUGAAACUGGGAGAAAAAAAGGAGGUCCAGUUGACUUUCAAUGAUGUCACAGAAAUGACUUUGGAAUUGUCUCUUGAAGUAUGCUCUUCCACAGAUCUCCGGUUCAGCAUGGCCCUGUGUGAUGAGGAGAAGAAAUUUCGGCAGCAGAGGAGAGAUAACAUCAUGCACAGCAUCAAAUCAUUCCUAGGAGAGGAAAACAGCAAGAACUUGACCACUGCCCGUGAUGUCCCAGUCAUAGCCAUCCUGGGCUCGGGAGGUGGAUUUCGUGCCAUGGUGGGGUUUGCUGGAGUCAUGAAAGCACUUUAUGAAUCUGGAGUUUUGGACUGUGCCACUUACGUUGCUGGGCUCUCUGGAUCCACCUGGUACAUGUCAACUUUGUAUUCACACCCAGACUUUCCAGCAAAGGGCCCAAAAGAGAUCAAUGAAGAACUGAUGAACUCUGUGAGCCACAACCCCCUCCUGCUGCUCACUCCUCAGAAAGUCAAACGCUACAUCGAAGCCCUGUGGAAUAAGAAGAGUUCAGGGCAGCCUGUCACCUUCACAGAUAUCUUUGGAAUGCUGAUAGGGGAAACACUUAUCCACGAUAGAAUGGACACCACUUUGAGCAACAUGAAAGAGAAAACCAAUAAUGCCCAGUGUGCUCUGCCACUCUUUACGUGUCUCCAUGUGAAACCAGACGUGUCAGAGCUGAUGUUUGCAGACUGGGUGGAAUUCAGUCCCUAUGAGAUUGGCAUGGCCAAAUAUGGCACUUUUAUGUCUCCUGAUUUGUUUGGCAGCAAGUUUUUUAUGGGGACAGUGGUGAAGAAGUACGAUGAAAAUCCCUUGCAUUUCCUCAUGGGUGUUUGGGGCAGUGCGUUUUCCAUAUUAUUUAACAGAGUGCUUGGUGUCUCCAACUCUCAGAAUAAAGGUCCCACCAUGGAAGAAGAAUUAGAAAAUAUCAGGCUCAAGCACCUUGUAAGCAAUGACAGCUCAGACAGUGAAGAUGAAUCACAGCAUCCAAAAGGCACCGGGAGCGCCGAGGCCCGGCCGGAGCAGCAGGAGAGCAGCCAGGAGAGCUGGGUGCAGCGCAUGCUCAUGGCCCUGGUGGGGGACAGUGCCCUCUUCAACACCCGGGAGGGCCGUGCUGGCAAGGUGCACAACUUCAUGCUGGGGCUGAACCUCAACAGCUGCUACCCCCUGUCCCCCCUGGCAGAGCUGCUCACCCAGGAGUCCGUGGAGGAGGACGAGCUCGAUGCAGCCGUUGCAGAUCCUGAUGAGUUUGAGAGGAUCUAUGAGCCACUGGAUGUGAAGAGCAAGAAGAUUCACAUUGUGGACAGUGGGCUGACGUUUAACCUGCCGUACCCCCUCAUCCUGAGGCCUCAGAGAGGCGUCGAUCUCAUCAUCUCUUUUGAUUUCUCAGCAAGGCCAAGUGAUUCCAGCCCUCCUUUCAAAGAAAUUCUGCUGGCUGAGAAAUGGGCUCGAAUGAACAAGCUGCCUUUCCCCAAAAUAGACCCCAAUGUGUUUGACAGAGAGGGCCUGAAGGAGUGCUAUGUGUUCAAACCAAAGGACACCUCUUCAGAGAAGGACUGUCCCACCAUAAUCCAUUUUGUCUUGGCCAACAUCAACUUCAGGAAGUACAAAGCUCCAGGCGUUCCCAGGGAAACACAGGAAGAGAAGGAUUUUGCAGACUUUGACAUUUUUGAUGAUCCAAAUACACCUUUCUCUACCUUCAACUUCCAAUAUCCCAACGAGGCUUUCAAGAGGCUCCAUGACCUGAUGGAGUUCAACACCCUCAAUAACAUAGAUGUGAUCAGGGAGGCCGUGAUGGACAGCAUCGAGUACCGGAAGGAGAACCCGUCGCGCUGCUCCGUGUCCCUGAGCAGUGUGGAGGCCAGGAGGUUCUUCAACAAGAGCCACCUCAACAACAACCACACGUAGAGGCCGUGCCCGGGUCCUGCUCCUGCCCCUAGAGCUGGAGUCACAACCGCUCCAGCAGCUCCUCACCCACUCCUCAACACGUUUUCUUGGGACUUCUCAAGUUUCAAUAUAAUUUUGUACUGCUAUUUUUUAAAACUAAACACAUUUCAGUAUGCUGAGAUCCUGAUUUUAACAGCUGUGCAAUUAGGGGUUUUCUUGAGAUCAUCAGGUUCAGGGUC